CAAUCCACGUGCACCGCAGCGACAACAACCAACAACAGCGACAACAGCGGCACGCGGUCACACCUGCCCCACCACCAGCUCCACCGGCCCAUCGCCGCGCUUCCCCCCAGCCAUGUCGCAUCGCCAUGAGGCUGGUCCGCUGAAGCAGCAGAACAAGUCGCACAAGACAAGGUUCCGAACAAAAGGCCAACGAUUGGACCGCCUGGCCGGGCGAACAAUUGCCACGGCAGCUUCGCGCAAGAAGAAGGCCGCAGAUUCAAAGGCCGCACGCAAGCUCAAGCAGACGCAGGCCCGUGCUGCGAAGCGCGACGCCGCCAUGCAGGCCAAGCGCCGCAUCGGCACCACAAACGCCCCGCCAUACUUUGUCCUGCUUGUGCACCUGCAAGAGGACACCCAGGCCGCCAUCAACCUGCGUGACCAGCUUGUGCAGGCCUCCGUGCCAAAGGGCGUGCACAACGGCGGCGGUGGCGCCAACGCAGACGGCACGUGGGUGCCGGAUGCGCUGGACGUGUCCUUCUUCUCCACACGCCUGAAGAAGAAGAUGAGCAUCGCCGUUGCCUCAGCCAACGUCCUGGCGACGCUGGAGCUGACCAAGGUCGCCGACACCGUCGUGUUUGUGGGCAAGGCAUACGAGGAGGUGGCCGAGGACCGGCAGCUCCUGAUCAACUGCCUCUGUGCACAGGGCGUCCCCACCACCGUGCACGUGCUCACGGAUCUGGAAGAGCUGCCUCAGAAGAAACGCUCCGACGUCAAGCGCACGUUUGCCAAGGAGGCCACAGACCUGUUGCCGGACACCACCGUGCAGUUUAUCGAGAAGCCAUCAGACUACCAGACCUGCCUCUGGGGCAUCGCCAACAAGAAGCGCAGGACGGUGCACUGGCGCGAGGCGCGCACCCACGUCAUGGCCGAGCGAGUCAGCUACGAUGCGGCAAACCGGGAGUUGCGUGUCACAGGCUACGUGCGCGGGCCGUCCCUCAACGUCAACGCGCUUGUCUACCUUCCUGGCCUGGGCGCACGCCAGAUGUCGCGUGUGCUGCAGGCAACAGAGCCCAUCCCGUCGUCCCACAAGAGCAAGAAGUCGAACCAGGCGUCCAUGGAUGCGACCGCAGAGGCCGGCAGUGACGAUGCCACCGUGCUUGCCGCGCCAACCCCUGAAUUCCAGCACACGCUCCAAUCGGAGGUGGAGGUUGAUCCCCUCGAUGCCGAACAGACCUUCCCCACCGAGGAAGAGCUCGCACAAGCAGACAGCGUCCAACACCGCGCCAUGACUGUACAGACGCGUAAGGUGCGCGUGCCAAAGGGGUUUUCAGACUAUCAGGCAUCUUGGCUCAUUGGCGACGACGAUGACGAGGACGACGAUGCCGGCGACAACGACACGUCCAUGGCCAUGGAUGACGAGGACGAAGACGAGAUGAACGCGGUGCAUAAGGACAUCUGGGAGGCGGUGAAGGGCGCAAAGUACGUCGGUGGCGCCGAUGGCAGUGACGCAGACUCUGUAAACAUGGAGCGCGGACCGAUUGCCGAUGAGGACGACGAUGAUGACGAUCUGGAGGAGCGGGAGUACAUUGUUGACCCGCAGGAGCGAGCAAAGGCAUACGACGCAACCAUGGAUAUGACCGAAGAAGAGAAGGAGCUCAAGAAAUUGCGCGCGGCGACAGAGGACUUUGAGUUUCCAGACGAGAUUGACACGCCUGCGGACCAGCCCGCGCGCGUGCGCUUUGCCAAGUACCGUGGCCUGCAGAGUUUCCGCCACACCCCCUGGGACCCUCGUGAGGACCUUCCGCCCCAAUACGCGCGCAUCUUCAAGUUUAAGAACUUUGAUCACACUCGCCGACGCGCCAUCAAGGACCUGGCAACGCAGGACAGCGACGAGGAGCUGCAACCGUUUCUUGUGGGCGAGGGCACGUACGUAACCGUGUGCAUUGCGGAUGUGCCUGAGGAUUACCCGCAGUCCGUGGACAUCAACAUGCCGCUUGUGCUGUGGGUGCUCAUGGAGCACGAGAACAAGAUGUCUGUCGUCCAUUUCCUCAUCAAGAUGCACCCCACAUACAACGAACCCAUCAAGUCGAAGGAGCGGCUUGUGUUCCAGACGGGCACGCGCCGGUUCUAUGCAGAGCCAAUCUUCUCCUCCAACUCCAACGGAAACAAGCACAAGUUUGAGCGCUUCCUGCAGCCUGGCGCGUCUGCUGUCGCCACAGUUAUUGCCCCCGUCGUCUAUCCACCCAUGCCCGUCCUCUGCUUCAAGGAAAUGGAGGAUGGCAGCCAGCUGCUGGUCGCGAGCGGCGCUGUUGUGAACGUGAACCCGGACCGCAUUGUUGUCAAGCGCAUUCGCCUGUCCGGAUAUCCGUUUAAGAUCAACAAGCGCUCUGCCGUGAUUCGGCACAUGUUCUUCAACUGCGAUGACAUCCACUGGUUCAGGCCCGUCGAGCUCACCACCAAGCUUGGCCGUCGCGGUCACAUCAAGGAGAGCUUGGGUACGCAUGGGCACAUGAAGUGCGUGUUUGACCAGCAGCUCAAGGCGCACGACACAGUGUUGUUGAACCUGUACAAGCGUGUGUAUCCAAAGUGGAAGUACGAGGAAGCAAAGGCGCAGGCCACAGACGUGCUCACGCUUGCGCCGCUCGCUGGCGGCGAGGAAGAGGGAGAACCAGAGGAGCAGGAGCAAGAAGACAACGAUGACAUGAUGGAGUGAUGAUCCGUGCCAUCCCACACGACCAGCCAGACGACUAUAUUGCCAAGCAAGAGCACCUUGUACACUUGUGAACCGCCACCAUCACCACCACCAGCAGCAGCAGCACCACUACCAGCAGCAGUAGCAGCGGCAGCAUGUCACAUCAAUCACAUUUGUCACAACUCAAACAACCACCACAAACACACGAUCGCGCACCACAAUAAAACAGUGCGACCUGA